AUGCCAACAGAGCCAAAGCAUGAGGACUUCGGGACUACCGAGGAAGAAGGGGGCGUGCAAUGUGCCAUUUGCCUGGCCCCAUAUCGUGGACGAGUGUAUCUCUCGCCGUGUUUCCACUCGUUCUGCGCUGCGUGCCUCGCUGCUUGGCUCGAUGUGACACUCCUGUGCCCGCUGUGCAAAGCGCAGCCGACGAUGCUCCAUUGGGGUGUAGAUACGGCCCUCGGGAUCUUGAACACGAUCACUAUCACAAAGACGUUGUCAACGCAGGAAUCGAGUUUGAUAGGUGCUUCAGGGUCAGGAAGGACACAAAGGACACAGGCUGGAGAAUUGGAAGAUGUGGCGGAUAGAAGUCAUGGAUCGGUGCAUUUGAGGAGUAGGGAGGUAGCAGGGUGGAGGGCCGCGUUAAAGAGGGUCGCGGAAUUGGCAGAGCACGAUGAGGAGAAGAAGCAGGACGUGCGGGAUGUGGAUCGUACGGGUGUUCCACACAAUGACACCGAGGAUCUGGAUGCGGUGUCGUUGGAAACAGAGGUUGAAGAGGUACAGUUUAGAUCAGGAUCUUUGGAGGUUUCGUCUUCGAGAAAGAGAGGCCGCAGUGUUGAACGAAACCAAGGACCCAACCGACGAUCGUUUUCACCUUCAUUUUCACCUUCACGCUCAAGGUCUACCUCCAGAUCCCGUUCGCGCUCCAGACUCAGAUCUAGAUCGAUGACCCCGAUCGAUAGCUACCACCACAUCUACGACUCCUCAGAGCUCUACGCACCACAGACCAACACUUCUUCGUCCGCUGGACUCAACACGGAUGCAGAUUCAGAGCCCUCAGCACCUGGGGUUCCUCCGUCGCGGAGGGAUGUCUACGUUGCAGGAUUGGAGCCGUACCCUGCAGAGACAUACCCGCUAGCGGACCAGAUUGUCGCGACGGAUAUUCCGCUGCUGACCCCAUUUCUUGAACGCGACUUGGCAGUGCUUACAGAUUCGGACCCGGCCCCUGUGGAUCCCGUGGUGCUGGCACAUAUUUCGAGUGUUCUGGUAAAUCAUGGUGGAAGGAGUGAUGGUGUCAAGGACGGUAAGGGGAAGGCGCGAUGGGGUGUUGUUGAGAAGGAAGUGGCCGAAUGGGUUACGUUGACGUCGAAGGACAGGAGCAGGACGGAACUGGAGGUUGCGGAACAGUUUGUGAAGGAGAUACGGAGGAUUGUGAAGAAGCGAUGGGGUCCUCGUCAGUGGGACCAUCGCGUUACCUACAAGACCGCGCCUUCCUCCUUUCCCUCCUUUUCAUCUUCGGAAAAGCUGUUCUAA